ACUAGUUACUGGCUCCUUGGUUCCUGCUGCCGCCUGAGUGAGCGGUCGCCGUUGUGAAAAUGUCAGCUCGAUGGUGGUGAUUCAUGUUCAGUUUGUCUCGCGCGAGCGUGAAACGGUUAGACGUCCGUCCUGUGCUGCAAUUAACCACGUUCUGCUCGGGCUGCGAGCAGGUGAGUGUGAAUACGUGCACGUUUCUUACGCGGCACGUUUCGUGUCGCACCGGAUGAACCAGAUCGCCGUCAUCGCCGAUCCGUUAAUAAUCGAAAAUCAGGAUGAUGGAGGAACCAUUGAGUCAAGGUGCCUCACCGUCUAGCGAUGGCAACUUUUCAGCAGGCGGUGGCGGGGAAAUCAAUUCGACCACUGUAGUCAGUCUAGAUGAGAGGAUAUUAGAUAUCACAUCACGGCAUUCCUUAAAUGUUCUUAGAACACCUCCAACCAAAAAGGCAAAGAGAGUUCGAUUCUUCCGCAAUGGAGACAAAUAUUAUACAGGUGUGGUGAUGGCAGUGACGCCUGAAAGAUAUCGCAGCUUUGAUAGUCUCGCGUCCGAUCUGACUCGUGCUCUAGUAUCGAGCGUGACCUUGCCGAAUGGUGUACGAGCGAUAUAUACCAUGGAUGGUCGUAAGGUACAAAGUGUCAGCGAUCUGGAGGAUGGCAAGUGUUACGUGGUAUCUGGUCAGGGCGAAAUCUUCAAAAAAGUCGAAUAUUCAGCAUCUAAGGUUCGUCGUGGCAGCUCGCUGUCUGGAUUACCACAAUCGCCGGCAGCUAGCAGCGGUGGCGGUGGUACUGGCAGGCAGACCAGCGCCAUUCCGUUGUGCGUAAAAGCGCGCAUCGUGACACUGAUCCGCCACGGUACCAAGCCACGAAAGGUGAUGCGGCUGUUAUUGAACAAACGCAACGCACCGAGCCUUGAGCACGCAAUGGAAGCGAUUACAGAGGCCGUAAAACUUGACACCGGGGCAGUGAGGAAGGUAUAUACGUUAUCAGGUCAGCAAGUGACCUCGCUCGAGCAAUUCUUUGAGAAUGAUGACAUCUUUGUGGCUUACGGUCCGGAGAAAUCCGUACAGGAAGAUUUUGAGUUGGACUUCGAGGAGAGUAAGUAUGUGCAAAGCUUCCGUCGUUGUCCGUGGAGUUCCAAGCGACAGAACGGCCCAAUGCCGCGAAUGCCGAGAAAAUCUGGCAAAAAGACGCUUACUACGCCACAAGUCAGGACUCCGAGCCCAUCAUCUUUGAUACUGCCACAACCUCUGAGAAUGCAUUAUACCGUGGGACAUAUAAUUGGAGAUGGAAACUUUGCUGUUGUUAGGCAUUGCACUCACAAAUCUAGCGGUGUUGAAUAUGCUAUGAAAAUUGUGGACAAGUACAAGUGUCAAGGGAAGGAGACAAUGUUAGCAAGCGAGGUAGCGAUAUUGAGGCAAGUUUGUCAUCCCAACAUAAUCAGCUUGAUUGCAGAACAAGAUACUGCCGAUCAAUUAUUUUUAGUCAUGGAACUUGUUAAGGGUGGAGAUUUAUUCGAUGCAAUUGCAGUGGCGACGAAAUUUUCUGAAGCAGAGGCGAGUGUGAUGAUUAGUCAUCUGACUUCUGCCUUGGCUUACUUACAUUCGCAUCAUAUUGUACAUCGCGACAUAAAACCGGAAAAUCUCCUAGUUGAGAUGGAUGGCAGUCAUGUUAGAUGCUUGAAAUUGGGUGACUUUGGACUUGCGCAGGUAGUGCGAGAACCUUUAUACACAGUUUGUGGUACACCUACUUAUGUGGCACCAGAAAUCCUCGCCGAAACCGGAUAUGGUUUAAAGAUUGACGUAUGGGCGGCCGGAGUGAUCUUGUAUAUUCUCCUGUGUGGUUUUCCACCAUUCGUAUCGGUAGAUAACGAACAGGAGGAAUUGUUUGAACGUAUCUUGAGCGGUCAAUAUGAAUUCACAUCGCCGUAUUGGGAUACGAUAUCAGAUUCCGCGAAACAGCUUAUCUCGAAUAUGCUGCAGGCACAGCCAGAACUUCGUUUUAGUGCAGAGGACGUAUUGGAUCAUCCAUGGCUCGCGCAGAGCUUUCUAGGAGGCGAGCAGACCGCAGCAACAGCAUCCGACACACCGGCGGAGCAAUACUGGAAUCAGCAGUGUAAGCCGAUAAGAAUGGCCACCUUCGAGUUCGACUUCAAGAAGCAGCGCAGUCAACGACAGGAUGACGGUACCAAGACAAGAGCCGAGUGGAAAAGUAAUAUUGAUUAUUAUGACGUACCGCAGUUUAUCGACGCAGAGAAAAAAUUGGAUGAGCGAAAUUACGAUGAAAUCGAUUUUGCUAACGGCAAUAGCAACGAAAAUGAUUUAGUAAUUCUUAGUUCCGACUAUCUUAAAGAUAUCAAUAGUUUGAGUCGAUCAAUGCAUGAUUUAAUAGACAAUUUGAAUGAUAACAAAACGCAACGACGCCGUCUCAAAUCGCAAAGUGCUACUUCGUCGCUCAAUAGCAUUCCAGAGAAUUUGAACAUAUGUAAUUAUCGCAGCAAUUCACCGAUUCGUUGCAAUGAAAUCGCUGAAAAAACAGUCGCAAUUUCUACGAAUCAUCGAGGCGAUCGGAAAAACGGAAACUCGAUGAAAGAAUCAAGUUAUCUUCACUCGAAUUGUGAAACGCCGAAAUCGAAUAAAUCUAUCGUUAUGAAUCGGCAAAGUAAAUGCAACCAAAAGAACUUGUAUGAGGUGAAUCGCGAAAACAGAUUCGAUAGCGAUGACUUCCGCAAUAGGAAUGCAACUGCGUCGACAUCAAGUGACAGCCUGACUGGCAACAGUUCUACUGGUAAUGACAUUGAGACUUCUGACAGUUUUGUAAACAUUCAAUUCGCACGUUUGUCACGUGAGCAAAAAUCGAGCUCCACGCAAAGCAUGGAGUCGACUGAUAGCUUUGAGAACGUGAGUUUCCGGUAUACAAAUCAAAACAAUAGUCUCAAGGAUCAUUCCUCACAGAUUUCUUCAAAAUUAGAGAAUAAUCAGGAUACGUCUCCUGUAAGGAUAGUGAAGACCGGUAGAAUAGCUGUAUGGAAUACAUUAAGAUUACCUAAAUUAGAUAACGAGAUUGAUAAAAAGAAUUGCAAUAGUCCGUUCCGUAGAGUUGAAGAAAUAGGCAAAUGCGCAAAGAACGAACCAGUAAAGUUGCGGCAUGAAAGAUACAAUACUAGGAAGAAUCAGAUAGAUUCGAGAAGUGUCAAGAACAAAAGAUACAGCUGUUUUUCUCCAUGCACAACAAAGAGAUCGUCCGAGGAAAUCGGCAACCGCAGCGGUGGCGAUAAAGUCACAACACGGAAAUUCAGCUCAACGGAUGAAUUACGCGACGAAGUGAGACAGAAAUCGGUACCACGAACAAAACGAUUCAGUCUGUAUUAUACACCACAACCAUUGAGGAAGACAUAUGAGAAUGAAUCAAAGAUUGGAAGAAUUACGUACAAGUCAGCAGGUCGCACUCAGAGAUCUGAGAUGAGUAAGGGAAGGAACGAAGAGGAGCUGGAAAGAGUAGAGAAAGUGGAGAGAAUAGAUAGGAGCCGAAGAUCGGUGAUUGAUGCUUCAACGAUCGCUAGUAGGAGUAAAUCCAAUAGGCAAAAUGUUCAUGUGAGAUCAAGUGGCGUAUUAAACACAACCAGGACGAAGUGAUAACAAGUAGCGAAAAGUCGAAAUAAUUUGAGGAUGUGUGAAUGAUGCACGAUUAGUUCACGCAUCAGAACGAUGAAAUCCAAAGUCUAAGCGCUUUAAGAAUGAAGCAAUUGCGGAUUGGCUAACAUCCAUUAAGUUGAUAAUUUUUUUGUGUGUAGCGAUCAAAAAGACGAAAAAUGACGAAAACUAUUUUCUUAAUAAUCGUGUACGCAUGGAGAAAAAUUUCACAUCACUUUCAAUUUUAUUAAAUUAAUUACUAGACAGAAUGACAUUAAACAUUUUGCGAAGGAAGAAAAACGAUUUCGUAUUUCUCUUAGAUUUUGGACUUUGAGAUUGAUAAAAAGCAUUGUGGCU